CUAUCUCCCAGUCGAGCUUGAGACGUCUGCUUGCCCAGAAUUCCGCGCCACACUACAGGUUCCGAGCAGUCCAGGUCAGCGAUUCCAGCGAGAUGAUAGGCAGCAGCCUCGCAGUCUUAUAUGGCAUUGCCCUCGUGUCGGCGAUGGGCGUGCAAUCUGCCCGAGCAGCCUACGCCGACGAGUGCCAGACACCGGACGGCGACCAGGGCCAGUGCAUGCCCUUCUCCUCCUGCCGGAACAUCGAGGAGCGGCUCCUGCAGGCCCAGAAAUCCGGACAGAAAGUGCCGCCGGACUACGCCAGCUAUCUGCAGAAGGCCUCCUGCGGCGAGUUCAAUGGAGUGCGCCACUUCUGCUGUGCCGCCGCCCAGAUCCAGCACAACUCCAAGGUGAUGAACGUGUUCAAGGACGAGGGCUUCGACUGCGGCAAUUUCCUGAGUCAGCGGGUGGCCAAUGGCUACGAGGUGAAGCUCUCCUCCAGGCCCUGGAUGGCCCUGCUCCGCUACAAUCAGUUUGGGGAGUCCAAGUUCCUCUGCGGCGGUGCCAUGAUCUCAGAUCGCUACAUCCUUACUGCUGCCCACUGCGUCUACGGACUCCAGGAUGCUCUCUACGAGAUUCGCCUGGGUGAGCACCGCAUCUCCACGGACGAGGACUGCCGGCAGCAGGGACGCAAGAAGAAGUGUGCUCCGCCGGUGGUGGACGUGGGCAUUGAGAAGCAACUGAUCCAUGAGAAGUACGAUAACCGCCACAUCAUGAAUGACAUUGCCCUGCUGCGCCUAAGCAAAAGCGUUCCCUUUCAAAAGCACAUCAAACCCAUUUGCCUGCCCAUUACGGAUGAGCUGAAGCAGCAGGCGGAGCAGAUUAGCACCUACUUCGUUACCGGUUGGGGCACCACGGAGAACGGCUCCUCCUCGGAUGUGCUGCUCCAGGCGAAUGUGCCCCUGCAGCCGCGAUCUGCCUGCUCCCAGGCCUACAGAAGGGCCGUGCCCUCCACGCAGCUCUGUGUGGGCGGUGGCGACCUGCAGGACUCCUGCAAAGGUGACUCCGGCGGUCCACUCCAGGCUCCCGCCAAGUACUUGGGCGAGUUUGCCCCGAAAAUGGUCGAGUUCGGAAUCGUGAGCCAGGGCGUGGUCACCUGCGGACAGAUUAGCCUUCCCGGGCUUUACACCAAUGUCGGGGAGUACGUCCAGUGGAUCACGGACACCAUGGCGGCCAAUGGGCUGUGAGGGGAGUCACCUCUCAAACGCAGUUUUUAGGAGUAUCUUAGUAAUUAGGCCUACCCAAAAAUAUAAAAUAUUCAUGUAACAUAAACUUA